AUUGUUUUAUGAGCGACAGGAUGAUUUGAUCACCACCUUCGAAAAUACAGCCACAGACUCCAAGAUAGAGAUUUAUGUUGAGAACACAAUUGACACUAGUGCCCUAGUUAUCAGAUUAUCACAGAUUUCCUUUGCUGUUAAUCUGGCCUUACUGAUCGCCAAAGCUGUAGCAGUUGGCCUCUCCAACUCUUUGUCAAUCAUUUCCAGUCUAGUGGACUCGAUCGUUGAUUUAAUUUCUGGUAUUAUCAUUUGGUGGACAACACAUGCUAUUAGAACCAGCAAUGUUUAUGUCUACCCAAUAGGCAGAUCCCGGCUGGAGCCUGUGGCGAUCAUCAUCCUGUCAGUGGUUAUGUCCCUGGCAUCUUUAGAGGUUGUCAUGUCAGCAAUUCGUAGAAUUAUCGACUUUACCAGUGACCUUGACGGCAUUGCUGUGUUUGAGUUACCAACUAUCCUCAUUGCACUGAGCACAGUUGUGGCGAAGUUUACCCUGGCUGUAACCUUUUACCUGUUAAUGAAGAAGCGAAAAUUGCAACUACCACCUGUUGAUGCCCUCAUACAAGACCAUCGUAAUGAUACCCUGUCAAAUACAAUUGCCAUCAUAUGUGGAUAUUUAGGGUCCCAGCAGUUCGCUGACAGAGUCCACACAAGAAAAGUUGCCUACAUCGAUCCUAUUGGUGCAAUUAUUAUCGGCUUCUACAUCAUUAUCAGCUGGUAUAAAACUGGUUAUGAACAUAUCCAGCAUGUGACAGGUUACACCGCUGACCCAGCAUUUUUGAGCGAGAUCACUUGGAUAUCUCUCAACCACAGCCCCAAGAUUCUGUGUCUGGACACAGUCAGAGCUGUCCACUUCGGCUCCCAAUACCUGGUGGAGGUAGAUAUAGUCCUGCGAGAGGAAACCAUUCUCACAGAAUCCCAUGAUAUUGGUGAAAGUUUACAGCAAAAACUGGAGAGACUGCCUGAGGUUGAAAGGGCUUUUGUGCAUGUGGAUUUUGACUCGGAGCAUUGCCCAAGAUCAGAGCACAUCUACUAG